AUUGAUAAUGAACCACAAGUUCUUAAAUCAGACAGUCAGCUAUUGCCACUUUUACCUGGUCGUCAGGCUCAUGAAAUGCCCGAUGCAAAUACUAUUGAUAUCUUAGACAAUAAUGAUUUUGAAUGUUUUUUUAAUAGAUUAGAACUUA